AUGGAAGAACGUAAUGGCGGCGCGUCGAAAGGGCAGCACUCCAGUCAAAGCGAUACUAGUGAUGUUCAUCGCGUUGGUGUAAGGAACAUCCCAUUCUAUCCGGACAAGCCAUCGCUAUGGUUCUCGAUGCUGGAAGGUCAGUUCAUUUUGUCUAAUAUUACGAGCGACACGACAAAGUUUUAUCACGCUAUUGGCAUGCUUGACCACCAAUAUGCCAUAGAAGUUGAAGAUGUCAUCGAGUCGCCUCCACAAACUGACAAAUACAACAAAUUGAAGAGCGAACUGAUAAAACGCCUAUCAGCAUCGAAGGAGCGUAAGGUCAAACAGCUGUUGGACCACGAACAGCUAGGCGAUAGAAAGCCUUCCCAAUUUCUGCGGCACUUACAACACUUGGCGGGCCCAAAUGUGCCCGAAGACUUCAUCCGCACCAUCUGGACCAGCAGACUACCUAGCAGCAUGCAGACCAUCAUCGCAUCGCAGGCCACUUCAUCCCUGGAAAGCGUAGCUGAUCUCGCGGAUCGUAUCCAGGACAUCGUGCCAGCAUCCCCGUGCGUAGCAUCAACCUCAAGACUACCGUCAUCACAUCAUCAAACCACUGACGAUAAGUUUGACAUGAUGGCGAAGCAGAUCGAGAGGCUGACACAGCAGGUUCACGCGCUUACUGCACGUUCCAGCAGAUCCAGAUCGAAUGCCAGGACCAGAGACGGCAAAGGUAACCGCAGUCGUAGCAGAUCCCAGGCCAGUUACCGCAAAUAUCCGAUAUGCUGGUACCACUCGAAGUUUGGCAGCAAGGCUCAUUCAUGUGUCAAGCCUUGCAACUUCCAAGCGGAAAACGGACAGGGUGGUCGGUAA